GGUCGUCAAGGGACGUUUUGGUUUACGGAAGUGAUUGAGCUGUUGGUAGUUUGUUAAAGAGCGAAUUACUGAACGCAUUUAAAACCAUUUCAACGACUAAGUGAAUGUUUUUUGGUAACAUUGCUUUGACUUGCAUCCAUUACGCCGAUAAAGAAGUCGAAUGUGUCGAUAUUUUUUCCGGAAGAGCAUGACACACAUAUGAUGCUAACUCGGUUAGCUUCAUAAACAUCAACAACACGAACAACAUGGCAGAUGUUCGUCCUCCCGCUCCAGGAUCGGUGCUAGUAAGUGACUGGCAUCGAUGUAAGGAGAGCAAAGAGUUUUUCAACAAGAUUCUCCACAAGAAAAUGCGCAAAAACUUCGGCCUGUUGGAGUCUCCAGUGAUGCCUCCACAAGUGGCUGUGGACACAGUUCACUAUAAGAUUUUUAUCUCUGGCAAAAGUGGAGUUGGGAAAACUGCACUUGCUGCUCGUCUCGCUGGUCUGAGUAUUCCUAACUUGCACUAUGAAACAACAGGGAUUGAAACAUCAGUGGUGUAUUGGCCAGUGAAGCUGAAAGACAGCGGCAGAGUGCUUUUCUUCCGUCUACAGCUGUGGGACUGUGGAGAGAACGCCUUACGUAGAUUCGACCAUUUGCUUCCCUCUUGUAAGGAGCAGGUGGACGCCGUCCUUUUCCUGUUUUCCUUCACUGACAGGACAUCCUUUGACGAUCUGUCCAAUCAAAUCGCCAAGUGGAUGGUUCCACCUGUGAGUCCAGUGGUCAAACUGGUGGUUGGCACCAAAUUUGAUCUCUUCAUGCACUGUGACGUGGCAGAGAGAGACGUGAAGCUCUUCCAGGAGAGGUGGAGGUUACCGCUGCUGCGCGUGGGAGGGGAGGUCGGCGACGGCCUGGGUGACAUAGCUCCUGUCCUCAACUGUCUGGCAGAGCAGCUGUGGCAUCAGGAUUGCGUCACAGCGGGAUCUGCAGGCAUCCACACACAGGAGACGGAGACUCUUCUCUGAAUACUUAAGAGUUAAAAAAAAAGAAAAGAACUCAAUGUACAAACACCUCGGUGUCUGCCUUUGAGGAACUGCUUUAGCAGCGGGUCUGAGAAACUUACUUUACACUGGUUUUACCAAGGGAUUUAGUGGAGUCAUGGUUUAAAAAAAAAAAGA